AAAUCAAACAAAUACAGACUACAAAACUUGGCUAAAACCCACGCACCUGUGCAUAGCUUCUCUUAUCCGUUCAAAAAUUCUGUAGUCAGUGGAAAUGAAUUCAGUUCCCUUUUCCAUUGGAACAUACAUUCCCACAAAGCACAAUAACACACUCAAAUCCCCGUUACUCUGUAACAAAAAUUCUCAAACAAACGACUCAAUUUCACUAUCUUCAUCUGUGAAUAAACUCAAAGAGAAAAGUGAAUUGCCUACUUUAUUCAGAAGAAGAGAAACACUUAGUACACUUGGGUUAAGUUUUGCUACAACUGUUCUUGAGGCCUUUUUGCUGCCACAGUCAAAUAUUGAAGCAGUUGCUGAAGAAGAAGCUACAGCUAAUGGGUGUGAAUUUACUGUUAUUCCUUCUGGUCUGUCUUAUUGUGAUAAAGUUGUGGGUUAUGGCCCUGAAGCUGUUAAAGGGCAGUUAAUUAAGGCACAUUAUGUAGGUAAGCUGGAAAACGGGAAGGUCUUCGAUAGCAGUUACAACCGUGGAAAGCCUCUUACAUUUCGCGUUGGUGUUGGCGAGGUUAUUAAAGGUUGGGAUCAGGGAAUUCUAGGAGGUGAUGGUUUUCCCCCAAUGUUAACUGGAGGAAAGCGUAAACUGAAGAUUCCUCCAGAACUUGGAUAUGGAAUGAGAGGAGCUGGCUGUAAAGGAGGUACAUGCAUUAUUCCUCCAAAUUCAGUUCUAUUGUUCNUUCAUAAGAGGGUAAGCAUUUUUGUAAUCUGCAAUGGAAACGAAACUGUCUGUUAA